GUGGGCCGUCUCGCUGUAAACCGGCUGUGGUGUUGAAGCUAGCUAACGCUACAGUAAAUGAGAAUAAACAGCUAACGAGCAGGUUUCUGCAGUUUAUAGACUAUUUUUAUGAGUUUAUUUAGACUAAAUAAGAAUUUAAGUAUAUAGUUAAAGGGUUAAAAUUGAAACACGUCGGACAAACCCGGAAUAUAACGACAAAUAGCGUGUAAAUAGCUAAAGUUAAAUAGUUUGUUGUUGCUGGUGCUAACGUUAGCUCGUUAGCUUAUCGUUGUGAUGGCCAGCGCUGCCAGUACCAACAUGAACGCUGUGCGGGAAACGAUGGACGUUCUGCUGGAGAUCUCCAGGCUUCUGAAUACAGGGCUGGAUAUGGAGUCCUUGUCCAUAUGUGUUCGUCUGUGUGAGCAAGGAAUCAACCCUGAAGCCCUUUCAUCAGUCAUAAAGGAGCUACGCAGAGCCUCAGACACACUUAAGGCCUCUGAAAACAGCACAAGUCAAGGAUGACCUGCGUCUAUAGUGUCUCCACUUCUAAACCCUGUAGUUGAAAAAUCGUUUAGAAUGAAUUCUUCCAGAGACUGAUUUAUAUUAAAUGAUGAACCUGAAUGAUGGUAUUUAACCUGUUCUCUGUGCACAUCGCUGGUUACAUGCAGUGCUUUGGAAUGGGAAUUACUUUUUUGGUGGGUUUGUUUUUCCACAUCAAGCCAAACUACCAUUUCAUCCUUGGUUUCAGUCAUCCUUGCUUUUUUUAUCCACUGUUCAAAAUCUUCAGCUCCCUCCAGUUUCUGAGAAACUCAGUGUGAUGGCCUUCCCCAUGUGGACUUACAGUAAUGAAGCUUUGUGAAGAAGAAGUGUUAAUAUUCAUCUAUUGUUUGUAAAAACUCAUCUUUAAUAUAAAUGUUUGUGUUUUUUCUUACAAAUAAAACAUGUAAAUUAUUGUA